GCACCCGGGCGGCGCAGGCCCCGCCGGCGACCGGCGGCGGCCCGCGCGCGCCGCAGCCGAUGGCGCUGUGGGCCGAGAGGCGCGUGCGGCUGGUGCCGGUGCGGGAGAGCGGGUGGGACGAAAGGCUCCUCGCCGUUCCCGCGGGGCAGCGAGUCGCCGCGCGCGAGCUCGCGGGAGGGCGCUCCUCCCAGACGGGCCGGUACGGCCACCCGGCCGGGCGAGCGGGCGGGCAGCACGGGGCAGCUGAUCUCGGAGCACCUGCUCAAAGGGGCCGGCGAGGACUGCUCGGAUCUGGACUACGACUCUCAGUUCAGGCCGACCACGAAGAGGUUCACCCGGGCCACCAGUCCAGUACCGGUGCACGUACGAUCGCGGCGUUGCAUCCGGGACAUCUUGUGCGGCAGCGAUGCGUUCUUCUCGUUGUUCGGUUGGCGUUUCUUGCGGCGCAGCCUCAUGGGCAUUUGGCGACCAAUGUUAGCCUACACCUUGUUUGCAGCAUUGUUUGUAGGCUCUGUGCAGGCUGUACCACUGGAGCAUCGGACCAAGGUGGAGCACUCUCUCAAAAGCUUCGCGGUUUUGUUCGACUUCACGCGCGUGUUUUUAGUUUUCACGCUUACCGCUGUGGUCGGAACCAUGUAUGGGCGUUGGUGGGAGAUGCGCCGGUUGAUUGGUGUCGUCAUGGGGAAGACGCAGGACACCACCAUCAUGAUCACAAGUUACAUUCAGGGUGACGAUUCCGAGGAGCUGAUGUGCGAGCUCGUGCGAUACCUGAACCUUGCCCACGUCCUGGUUCAUAUGCAGGCACGGAGCAAACAUGGGAAGGAGGUGCUCCUCACGUUCCAGGACCUCCAGCGCGCCGAACUGGUGACGCAGAGCGAGCGGCAGAUCAUCGAGUCGUUGGAUGGUGUGUCCUUGCACCAGGUGGCGUACAUGUGGUUCCUGCAGUUGUGGCUGGAGGUCGUGCAGCAAGGCUUGGUGCCAAAACUGCUGGUCGAUUCCAUGCAUGCCAAAAUGCAGGAAAACAUCAGCAUGAUGCGCGGUGCCGCUAGCGACAUCUUCAUGUACCAGAACACUCCACCGCCGAUCGGUUACUUCAGAGUCCUGUAUUUGCUGCUCAACGUAUCGCUGCUUAUCUCGCCCCUCGGCGUCUACGCCUCGCUGCUGUCAGACUCCUCGGUGCUGAUGGACCGCUGGAUGGUUGUCCCUGUCGUCUUUAUGAUCGCGUUUUUCAUGCUGUCAUUCGUCCACAUGUGCCACGAGAUGUUCGACCCGUUCUCGGAGGGCCUCAGUCACUUCCCGUUGAGGUUCUAUCUGGGAUCGACGCUCCGCUCCUCAUACUCGCUGCUGGGAACCCCCAGGGAGGGGCGCCUGUGCUUCUACGCGCAGAAGCAGGUAGAAGGCUCUCCCUCUCACGACGCCGGGGACGAGACCGCGGAGGCCGCGGCCGGGCGCGGCCGCUCCCCCUGCACGCGCAGGAGAGCCGAGACCGAGCCCGACUCGCCAGCCAAACAGGCGGUCUUCGAGUACGAGCGCCUCCGGCACGCCAACCUGCAGCGGACGUCGGGCCGCGCGCGCGCCAAGAGCAUCUCCAUGGGGCUCGACCAGCUCGCGGAGGACAGCUCGGAGCGGGAGGCCCUGCGCGACAUGCACGAGGGCAACCUCUUCCUCGGGAGGUCGCACUGGAGCUCCGCGCAGCACCAGCGGGCCGCCCUCCCCACCUGGGCCAGCAGCCCCGCGCUGGCCUACGCGUCGCGGGGCGGCGGCGACCCGGAAGCAGGCGUGCCCGCGCAGCGGGGCCUCCAGAGGAGCUCCUCGCUGCAGGUGGUGGAGCGGCUGGGCUCCGACGCGCGGCCGAGGGCCAACACAGCUCCCAGUGACGCGGAUGCCGCCUCUUCUCGCACGGGAGACCCCAGAUACCCACACUUUCGAAGGAGUGUUGUACGUUCUAUGGCUUAA